CCGCCCCGCCUAGCAACGCGCGGCCGCGGUAUCCUAGCGACGGCCUAAAGCGGGCACCUCAGGCCAGCGGACCGGGACUGGGUUUCCAGCCCGCAGGACCGAGCCCCAAGGCCGCGGGGGCGCUGGACGCGGGCCGCAUGGAGGACGACGAGGAGGAGAUCACCGCCGCCGCGCUGCGGGGCAGGCCCCGGCCGCUGCCCAUCUCGGCGCUGUCCGCCUUCAGCUACGUCCCGCCGCGGCGCCUGGACCCCAAGGAGCACAGCUACUACUACCGCCAGGGCCAGACAGGAGUCAUUUCCCUCUAUGACUGUGUUUUCAAGAGGGACCCAGGUUAUAAUCCGAGACUGCACCGCGAUGACAGAGAACAUGCAAAAAGCCUGGGACUUCAUGUUAACGAGGAGGAGUAAGCACAGUGCAAGUGGCAGAGCGAUCUUGGCACACGUCACACACCAAACGGAAUGCCACCGGGUCACAGGAAUGAGUCUGCAGAGGCUCCAGAGGACAGGACAGAGCACGCACAUCAAGAAACGAGGGACAA